CUAACGUUUCGGAAAUUUGGAACCCCAUUGUCCCCCGAAUUUUUCAUCGCCCCCAAAACCUCGCGCAGUGCCCGAAUCGACAGGAUGCCUCGAAAGCGAAGAGCUUCCUCCACGUCGCUGGACAUCGAGGAAGACGAGUUCGCCCCCGAGGAGAAGUACAGCAGGGACGAUUUAGAGAGCAGGGCUCCCAGGAACGCCGCGAACGCCAGGGAAAGGGCCAGGAUGAGAGUCCUCAGCAAAGCCUUCUGCAGGUUGAAGACCACCCUCCCGUGGGUUCCCGCGGACACCAAACUCAGCAAACUGGACACUUUGCGCCUCGCGGCGACGUACAUCGCUCACCUGAGGGCCGUCCUCAGGGACGACGGGGAUGCCCAUCGAGAGACCACCAGAUCCUUGUCCUUGGCGCUCUCGUGGCCCUUCGCCAUCCAGAGUGCCGGCAGUCCCAUGUUGUUGAACAACAAUUGCAAUUCCUCGGCCUCCUCGACGUCGUCCGGUUCCGGGCAAUACCGGGGACAGCAAGGACCGCAGGAAAUCCAAAACCUCCACCAUACGAGCCAUCAAAACCUGCCAAUCAGGAAUAACCAUGAGACGCAGCUUUCCUACUAUUAAGUUUCACCCGAAGUGGGUCGCUUCUUCACAUUCUGCUCAAACUAAAUUUCGACUUCCGACGUCCUAUUUCCGGUCGUCCACUCGAUCAGUCGACGCGGCUAUUAAGUGCUAAAAAAAAAUAUAUAUAUAAAACGUAUAUUACC